AUGUCGUUUGUCGACGUGGGAGAAAGCAGUUCCGGAAGCCCAAUACCCUCCUCCCUCCCUUCACAGAACCGGAACGCGGAUCUCGGACACAUCCUCAAAGACCUCAUCAUAGCUUCCCUACCCACCGAAGAGCCGCAGAUCAAAGCCGAGUCGACGGACACGCCCUUCCCGCCUGACCAGCCGUUUUCCUGGGGGGACUGCUCCGGCCAAGACAUUGUUACUCGGGUUUUCGUCAAACAGCGAGCCCUCGACGACGCCCUGAAACAUGCCUCGUGUAUAUGCGAGGUGCUCAAGCUUUUGGAGGCGGCCGAUAACAUGUCCUUGACCGCGGAGAGGCCUGAUACUCGCUGCGGAAAGGGGCUGCUGGCUUGGAAGGAUGAAAUCGAAAAGCUCCAAAUCAUGGCACGGCGGUUUGAGGUUCUCAUCGGAGUUGCCGGGAGGACCGGCGCCGGCAAGAGUUCGAUUCUGAACAUGCUCCUGGGAAUUCUUGAGCUUCUUCCCUCUAGCAACUCCGAGGCGGCUACCUCUUGCGCCUGUAGAGUGUCAUGGAACGAUGACGAUGACCCGGCCGCGCAGUUCAAGGCCGAGAUUGUCUUUCGAUCCUACGGUGAUGUGCGGGAGGAGCUUCUGCGCAUCUAUGACACUAUCCGACAACACCGCAACCUAGACGAACAAGAGUCGGACGACGAAGAGAACGGCAAUUCUUCUUUCGAGAGAAUGGAGGAGAUCGCUGAGCUCCGGACCGCGAUCUAG